AUAUUGAAAAAGGGGCAAAUCACUUCUCCAUCCUCAUUCCUCACCCCGUAGCAGCAUCGAGUUCUCAUGAGAUGAGAAAAAUGGCUGCUUAGCUGUUCAGCAGACUGGACCUCACCAAGGCUUUUCUUUCUUCCUUUGCAGCGAUCCGGUGCAGCUAGGUUCCGCAUCCAUGGACGGGUUCGGCAACGACUUCUUCAGUCCUCGGAACGCCGACGACGUGUUUCCUGAGUUAUUUGGCUCGCGUUCAGUCAGAGAAGUUAAGGGGAUGGAGUAUUUGUUCCCUAAUGAGAUAUUCCAUUUCCAUUCUCGAAACCACCGCUUCAGUCCUCGGUUUGCUGGGUUCUUUGGCUCCCGUUCAGCAAUGCGUGUCUCUACCUUGCGGACAGGUUCCUCGUCGUCCAGUAUUUUUGGCACAAAGCCACCGGCCGUGGAAACAAAGCUGCCCUGCAAACUUGAAGAUCUAUAUGCCGGUGCAACGCGCAAGAUGAAGAUAUCCAGGAGCAUUGUGAAGCCUAACGGGCAACUAGGGACCGAAACAGAGGUUUUAACAAUCAACAUAAAGCCUGGCUGGAAGAAGGGGACCAAGAUCACAUUCCCGGACAAGGGCAAUAAGCAGCCGAACCAGCUCCCUGCCGACAUCGUCUUUAUCAUCGAUGAGGAGCCCCAUGAUGUGUACACAAGAGAAGGCAAUGAUCUCCUGGUCUACAAGAAGAUCGACUUGGUGGAUGCCUUGGCAGGAACCACUGUUAAUCUGAAGACCCUCGAUGGGCGUGACCUGGCGAUUCAGAUCAUCGAUGUGGUGACGCCUGGGCAUGAGCUUGUGAUCGCAAAGGAAGGGAUGCCUUUUUCCAAGGAGAAUGGGAGAAGAGGCAAUCUGAGGAUCCAGUUCGACGUCAAUUUCCCCAAGAGGUUAUCGGCAGAGCAGCGGCGCAACAUUAGGAAGGAUCUUGGAGGUCAACCUCAGCAGCAGUGAGCACAUUUCAAAACAAAUUCGCAGACUAAUUCAGAUGUUCUCCUCGUUCGCUCUCUUAAGCUGGCUUGUAUGUGUAAUUAUUUUUGCUAUGUGUUUGGUCUGCGAUCUUCCCCUCUGUUGGAUAAAUAGCAAUUCCAAAGUCUACAUGUGUAAUAGGGGAAUGCUGUCUUUCUCUCAUCCUUCCCCCCCCAAAGAUUAAAACAGUUAUGCUAUUGUAUGAAAAGAUUGGGUUCCUGAAGUUUAUCAAAUGCUUGCUAUGUU